AUGGCGCCAAUCAAGCCAGCCUCCAAGAAUGACCCUGCGUCGACCCGACCGCGGCUGCAAGCCAUCAACCAAGACUUCUCCGACCUCGACGAACAGAUCCGCCAAGCUGCGCAUAUCAUAGGCCUUCCCGAAGACUGGAGUACCAUACAGGACCACGACACAAGAUCAGAAAUCAUACGACGACUUGUGCGCGCAAGAGCGGAAUGGGUUCUGCGAUGGAUCCUCGACAAGUUGAAAGACGAGACGGAAACCGGGCGGACAGCGCGAACAAAUGCCAGCGCGUGGCAGCUUCUCGACUGGAUGAUACAUGUCCUGCCCGUCUCAAGAAGCGCACCGCAUCUACGCGACGCCGCCUUUCCCAGUAUCUUGGAGAGAACCCUCGUUGAGAACUUCAACACAGACGCAGUCCUACAGUCGACGGCCACUUCAGAAGACGUUCACAUGAAAGAUGACUCCGAGUCGAGCGCGACCAUCCGCGAAGGAACCAAACCAUCCAAGAAGCGCAAACGAGGAACAGCGGAAGCAUCAUCGGCAGCAUCGACAGCAGCUGGCCCUGUAAACCUAGACCGUCUUUUUGGUGUGGUCAGGACUGUAGUAAACUCUAUCGCUCACCUAGCCGGAAGCGACCAAAGCGACGACAGUACCCAGGCUGAGCUGAUGAAGAUGGUUUUGAGGACGGACAGCGCAGAAGCCUCGCGCAUCCUAAGGUUCUGGCUUACUGCUGUCCGGAUAUUGUGCGCGACUCCUCCAUCCACUUCCGAGGAUACUACUUUGGACGAGUACCUGAACCUGUCGCUUGCGCUCGACAUGUGGGACCUGCGGACCGCUGAGGUCAAAGACGAGACUGGGGCAUCCGCCGAGGAGUUCAACACCGAGUGCCUUGUACCUAUCUUGACAUUGCUGGAACUUCUCAAAAAGAUGCGUAGCGAUGGUACAACAAGAGGCUCUCAGAGAACCCUUGAUCGCGCAAUCGCAGCGCUCGACAAGCUUCUGGCGAGACACCUGCUCGCACCUUCAAGAGCAGCUUUCUUUGCAGAUGUCAGUGUCGCUACAGGCUCUAACGAUGUUGGUCCGAACGCCCGAGAUACCACAGUCCUUGCAGGUAACCUGGAACCGCUGCGCGCAAAGCUACUCCAGGCUGCGCAGAUCGAGGAUGGUGGCGACGCGCUACCUACAGAGCUCGCAUCUCUUUUCAACACAGUCCCUCAUGUGCUCGAUCUAGCAAUCCGCGCCUCUCCAUCACGGACGCCCAGGAGCAGAGCUAUGGAGAAGCCUUGGAUACAGGCUGUCUUUUCAGCGCUUGCAGAGUGUGCUGGGUGCUCGCUAACCACACCUCCGAAGUUCAUCACACGACCGACGGCCGUUACUGCGCUUAGCGGUGCUAUUCACGUUCUGCAAGCGCAUGAAGUAAGCCUUUCUGCAGACCUUGUCAAAAAGAUCUUCUGGUAUCACUGUGGUGUAAAGUACCCCGAACGCCAGGAGAAGCAGGUGCAUUGGUCCCUCAUCGCAUCUCUUAUUCAGCUCGACUCAUCAGUCUUUGUGGAGUCGAAGUUGGGAGCCAAAGUCAUGCAAGAGCGUCAGACUGACCUUACUGAGUUCUUGUUCGAGAAGAUAACCGCUUCAGAGUUGGAGGGUACAGGCUUCAUCCACAAGCAGACAGCCAUUGGCUCUAAAGAACAACGGCAUUCUGCGUCCAACAACGAGGCCGGUGCUCCCUUAGGACGCGCUGAAAUUCUGGAGAGGAUCAUCAAGCCACUGAUGCUGGCGUUUGUGCGCCACAGGAAUCUACUUGGCUUCAUCCGGAGAUGGGAUGAGCAGUUGGUCAAGAGCUACAGGCACGGCAAGCGCAAUUCUCUCAAGGACGGACAGGAAAUCAUUUGGGAAGAUCGCGCCCUGCACAGUGCUCUGGCAGAGUCUCUCGAACCAUCCCUGACCCAAAACCAGAUAACAACACUGAUUCAGGAGCAUGCGGGGCGCCUGGCGCAGCUUGCUGUGGCAAUCGAGACCUCCGCCGAAGAGAACGUCAAGGUUAGGAAACUCGCCGCUUACAAGAAUGCAGCAAGCAGCGCUGUCCUAAUGCCGGCUCUUCUUCAAUCAAUCCAGUCCGAGAACACGAUCGAAGCACUUAAAUCUGAGCUUCAUGCUUUGUUCCUCACAUACAAGACAUGGGUUCAGGAACUCAAGUACAGCCGUUACACCUAUGCCCAUCUCUCCUGGUUCACACUGUGCCAGCUACUAGAGAAGUUAUGGCCCAUCGAGCUUCACGCGUCAUCUCCGCUGCAACAUGAGCUACUCUAUCCGCUGCUCGAACAAGCUUUGAAAGUCAAGUCAGCAGGGCGCCGAGACGCCGGCGAAGGCGCAGAUGCAUCUGCAAGAGCUGCUGCAACAUUGUUCUGGCUUAAUACCUGUGAUCGUCUCCAGACCCUGUCCGGUUCGGAGGAGAUCAUUCGCAGUGGUUUAGGCAAGGCAAUUAGCUCAUUAACUUCCAGUGAGCUAGAACCCGACGCACAGCAGAAUAUGAUCCAGGUUUUCUGCGCAUACUCUAUCAGUCUCCUCGAGCACGCAGAUAAGGAUACAUGCCGCCAAUCUCUGCAUGCCUUACUAUCGAAGCUACCUCAAUUCGAUAGCGUUACCAGGGAUCUUAUCUGUCAAUCACUUUCUCAGUCCAUCCUCGAGCAUGGAAACUCCGUCAUACAAGACGCAUACUGUGCAGCUCUUGUGGAGGCUCUCGGGCAGGGAGCCGAAAACAAGAUGCCUGCUGUGGUCGGCGAAGCAAUACUUCAUAUCCAACCUUCGGCUUUGUCCCGCGAGCAAAGACAAGCCAUACUGGACCGCACCACCGAACUCCUCGACCUCGGACAGAGCGACACAGUAGUACCCUUAAGCGUCAUGGCACAUCUCCAAUAUGUUCCAAAUGCGAAAGCCAAAGUUUCUACCGACGCAGACGUGAUAUUCGACGUCGCAGAACAGCUGCAUCGUCAAAAUCUCGAAACAGAUGCAGCAUUGCAGCUCCUGCGAGAGCUCGUCCAAAGAACCCUUGGCCAUAUCAUUCCGAAUCAGGCUCAAGCCCAAAACAAAGAGUUCUUCAUCGCCUACGCAGGACGGCUGCUAUCCAUUGCAAAAGCCACCAAUAAGUGCACGCUAGCAAGGCUCUCGGUCUUGCGAGCGACGUCGGUUUCCCAAAAGCAAAACUCAUUGCUUCACAUCGAGCGCUAUGUCGACCUGCUCAAGCAAUGUCUUGGUAGUGAGGAUAUUGCACUGCUUCAAGGGUCGUUGGACGCUUUCAACGAGCUGUCCAUAGACGCCUUGAAAGAAGUGAAACAGCUUGGCCGCGUGCAGGCAUGGCUCCGCACAUGGCUCAAGGACGCCAUUGACCUCGAGCAAUACAUCGAUCCAUCGGUUCUUAUCCCGAGCGAAGUUGUAGACUACUUCGCACGAGUAUACACAUUGAUCGCCAAAUACGAGCUCUACCCAGAGGUCAAGUGGCUGAUCAGCCUGGCGCUCACGGUCCUCAGAAGUAGCCCAGUUCGCAUACAAGAUAACGUGUAUACAACACUGCGCAACACCCUCGGCCCGCUUGCCUUCCACGAGAAGCUGGACUUGGUCACAACACUGACUGUUCAUCAAAAGCAGCCAAACCUUGCCGCGUCCUACCGCAUCCUCGACGAUCUUAUCAAGACCAUGGACGACCAGCUGGAAUCCAACGCCGAGCUCAAGCAGAGACAGCUUGCACUGCUACCAAGGAUUUGCGUCCUGCUUGCCGAGAGCUCCGACUAUGAUUCUUUCAACGCUCUGCUCGGCUGCAUUGACACAAUCCUGAACGACAAACCCUCGCUUGCUUCACAACACAGUAUCGAAUGCGUAUUCAGCGUACUCGUAAAGCUCACAUCCCGAAGCAGCCCCGUACUGUCAUCUCAGUAUGCUCCUGAGAUCUUCUCAAGGCUCUGCCAUACGAGUCGCCUCACCCUACUCGUACAUCGUGGCCGCCUAGGCGGACGCUUCCACCUCCUCUUACCACUUCUGCAAGGCCUGCUGUUCUGUCUCUUCAUUCCGAAUGCUAGUCGCAGUGGCGCUCUGCCUUCGUGGCUACGUACCGUCACAGCUACGGAGCCAGUGCGUCUCACACCUGCAAAUGCAGCGCAAUUCACCCGCCUUCUCUCGACUCUGUGCAACCCACCGCAAUCUUCUAUCACAAAGGCACACCAACAUCAUCAGUCACGUAACUCCAAAGACCUCAAUGACCCCAUCAAGGCAGCCCGCGAUAAGGCUAGCAAAUUCCUGUACCCUCUCCUCGCAUCGUUCUGCCGCUACCAGCUCAAUGGACGAUUAGAUCAGGAGGUGAGGGAGAAGUUGAUGCCAGGCAUCUGGGAAGUUAUCGGCACGGCGAGUUUGCACAGGGAUGGACUAGACGCUAUGUUCGCCGGUCUAGGCAGGAGUGAGAGAGAUGUUUGGAAGGGGCUUUGGGAACAAUGGGAGGGUGUACAUGGGAGGAGGCAGAUCGUUGGUCACGGAGAGUAG